ACAUUGGAGGAGCAGCCGAGUUUAUUUGGCCAGAAUUAGAUCACGUAGGGUAGACACGUUUCUUUAUGAGGUUGAAUUGUAAACACCUAAAUGCUUUACCAUGGCGGACGCUUUUUUGUGUGACAAUAGUAUCACGUAUUUAGUCACACCCACACCUUUUGGCUUCUGUUAGCAGACCGAGUGGAUAUUGUUGGUUUAAAGCAGCUCGCUCCUCAUCAAGACAUUCGCUUUCUGUUUUAUCUCGUCUAAGGUGGCACUUUUUAUUUUUGUUGCCCCAAUGCCUGUUAACAAAACGUACAUAAGUGUUGCCUAUGCCUCGCUUGGCUUGGUCAUGGGGUUGUCUGCCUUUCUGGUGUGGAACGUCGUGUACGGACAGCCGUGGACAGCAGCCAUGGGAGGACUGUCAGGUGUGCUAGCACUGUGGACCCUAAUCACCCACGUCAUGUACCUGCAGGACCACUGGCGGACCUGGUUGAAGGGUCUCAAGUUUUUCAUCAUCGUGGGUGUUUUCUUCUCUCUGCUGGCGGUCAUAGCUUUUAUCACGUUCCUGUCAGUCGCCAUUCAAAACAACGAGUCCCUGACUGACCCUCGCAGCCUCUACCUAUCCUGUGUCUGGUGCUUCAUGAGCCUCAAGUGGUCCUUCCUGCUCUCGUUGGCGUCCCACCGCUACCGCAAAGAGUUCGCUGAUAUCAGCAUCCUCAGUGACUUCUGAAGGCCUUUAAACAUCAUGCAGUGACGCACUGUUAUCAUUUUUACCUUAUGAUGGGUGGAAGACACAAUGUACGACUUUCAACAUGGUUGGUGGUGGGUUCAACAACUUGUAAGGUACCUCUUAUAUGUUACAGUUUCAUGUAAUUGCCAGUAGGGGGCCUCACCAGUCCAACUUAUCCAAAGUUGUGAUUGUUAAAGAAGUACUUAUGUUGUUUCCUUAUUAAAUAAUAAUAACAGAGGUAGGACAGGGCAUUUUCUAUGUAAAGAAGGAUUUUUCUAGAAACUUUUAUGGUGUAACAACCUUGCAAUAUUAAUGCAAAUGGACAAUGUUUCUCGAAAAGCUUCACUCCUGAGCUAUGCAUGCUUUUUAUGUUUGCAUUCAUAUCCUAUCACUGUUGCUCAGCCGGAUUGUUUUACUGUUUUCCAUUAUGUGAGAGAGCACUUUGGGUAUCCACAUGCAUUAAUAAAAUGCUUUUUUUUAACCAAACCUUUUGUGUCAAAUCAGGGCGCGGGGGACAGCAGUAGUCACGGGGGAAGGGAAUAUUUUUAAGUUUCUGUUCCUGUAAAAUCUUCCGGUUGCUGUGUUGUUUUUUGCAAAACUUCCACUAAGGUCGGUGUCGGGCCUUAAAAGAGUGGGAUUUGCACCAAUGAAGCAGCCUGAGAAACAAAAAGAAAAACGCCCCACAGCAUCACUAUGGCAGCAAUAAAUGCAAGCCAAUAACCUGCGCUUUGAAGUGAGCCAAUUAUACCAUCUUUAUUUAUAUUUUGUCGCUCUCACGGGGAAGCUGGGGGUGGUGGCUGUGCAGUGUUUGAUUAGGUCGCUGCAGCCUUCUUUGAAGCUGAUGUGAAGAAUGUGCGUUCACGUUGUUUAUAUCAUUAAGGACAACAUGGAUUUAUAGAAAUAAACUAGACAAUGACUCUUUCCCCUUUCCUUGCGCUUUGUUUUAAGCACAUUGUUGUGCUUUUGUCUUACUAGCAUGUUUGUCAGCUCUUGCGGCCUGCGUCUUGGUAAUUGCAAUGUUGUGGUCAAAUCACCAUAGUAACAUUUUUUUAUCUGGGUCUUAUAAACUUCAACAUUAGGAAACUGAAAAACUAUCCGUCUCAAUUUCCACUGAGCAAGUUGGGGUUUUUGAAAAAAAAAAUGCAGCCUAUUAACUUUAUACACCAGCCCAUAAAAAUGUGUGUGUGUGUGUGUGUGUGUACGUGGUAUGUAAAGAGGGGAGGGGUCUUUUAUUCAAUUACUGGACCCCUUUCUACACAAAUCAAGGAAGGAAGUAGUCUUGAGUGUUGAAUGCAGUCUGGCAGAAUGUGGUGAAACUGUGAACAAUAGUUUUAGACUUUCAAAUAUGUUCAACAUCCAGUACAAUAAAACACUAAAAAGCCACACAACAGCCUUCAAAUAUAAAACAAUUAUUCAACAGCGUGUUUUUGCCUGCAUGCAUGUGACUUUACGCAGACCGUGUCAUAAGAUCAUUUGGCCCAAGAGUCUUACAGUUCAGCACAACACCAUAGCUCGCUUGCAAAAGGUCUCAUCCCUUCCAAAACUGUUCACUCGUGCUUCAAAGCUAAUUCGUUUUCCAUAUAAACAAGUCAGUGCCACCAAAAUGCAAAGAUCCUUCUCAAUUGCUUUGGCUCAUCUCCUGAAACAGACCAGACUUCCUCAACACUCUUGGUUCUUUUAGCAAACUAAACUUGGAUGUUUCAGCGCAACACCAUCGUUCACAAAGGCUCAUAUCUCUCCCAAAACACCUAACUCAUGGGUCAAGACUAAAUUUCCCAUAUCGAUUGUCAGUGGCCCCAAAAUGCAUAAUCCUUUUGGCAGUGUAACCACUGCAAGUCAAAAUGUUUGGAUGUUUUGUCACGGUGGCAGAGGACCAUUGAAAUAUCCCUCAUGUCCACAUCUCAGUCUUCGCCCAGGCCUUCAUUGACACUGGUUAUUACACUCCUUUUUGUCUAGCUUACGUAAUGCAAUUGUCUAUAAAACUGAUUAAAAAAAACAAACACUUCUUCAGUGGUUGCUGUCCUCACCCUCCUUCUCCUGGCCACCAUCCUCGCCCUCCUCGGCAUCCUCACACUGCUGUCUGUCUGGUCACAGAUUCUCAUCCACAUUUCAGCUUAAGUUCUAGUUUCCCCUGACCGUCAAAUAAUGAAUUUUUCCAAUGUUCCAAGAGAUUCAUAUAUGGUAUCCAUGGUAUUAACAGUAUAUUAGACUCAUUUUGACAUUUGGACAGGCUAUUGUGCAUGUGAUGUUUUCAUCCAUCCAUUUUCUAUGCCGCUUCUCCUC